CUUCACAUGGUAACCAGCAUGGGCUUCAUCAGACAGAUACGGCUUCUGAUCUGGACGAACUGGACCCUGAGGAAAAGGCAGAGGAUUCGCUUAAUUGUGGAACUCGUGUGGCCUUUAUCUUUAUUUCUGGUCUUGAUCUGGUUAAGGAAUGCCAACCCUGUCUACAGCCAACACGAAGGCCAUUUUCCCAACAAGGCUAUGCCCUCAGCAGGAAUGUUGCCGUGGCUCCAGGGGAUUUUCUGCAAUGCAAACAAUCCUUGUUUUCAGAACCCCACCCCAGGAGAAUCUCCUAGGAUUGUGUCAAACUAUAACAACUACAUGAAAGUUCUGGCAAGGGUGUAUCAAGAUUUUCAAGGAAUCCUUGCUGAUGCAGCAGAAAGCCAGCAGCUUGGUCAAGUUUGGACAGAACUCCAUACCUUGUUCCAACUCAUGGAUACACUCCGGACAAACCCCAAGAGAAUUGUAGGAAAAAGACUGCAAAUUCAGGAUAUCCUAAAGGAUGAAGAAACAAUGAAGCUAUUUCUCAUAAAAAUCAUCGGCCUUUCUGAUUCAGUUGUGGACCUUCAUGAUUCCCAAGUCCAUCCAGAGCAGUUUGCUCAUGGGGUCACAGACCUGCUGCUGAAGGAGGUUGCCUGCAGCAAGGCCCUUCUGGAGUGCUUCAUCACUUUCAGCCAGCGACGUGGGACACAGACGGUACGUGACUGCCUGUGCUCCCUGUCCCAGGGAACCCUGCAGUGGAUGGAAGAUGCCCUGUAUGCUAACGUGGACUUCUUCAAGGUCUUCCGAGUGCUUCCCACACUCCUAGACAGCAGUUCUCAAGGUAUCAAUCUAAGAUCCUCAGGGAGAAUAUUUUCUGAUAUGUCUCCACACUUAAAUGAGUUAAUUUUUGUCCUUCAACCCAGUGUUCAAAACUUGCUGUGGGUGGCCAGGCCCCUCAUGCAGAAUGGUGGCCCAGAGACCUUCAUACAGCUGAUGGGCAUCUUGUCUGACCUCCUAUGUGGCUACCCAGAGGGAGGAGGCACUCGAGUCUUCUCAUUCAACUGGUAUGAAGACAACAACUAUAAGGCCUUCCUGGGGAUUGAUUCCUCAAGAAGAAAUCCUGUCUAUACUUACAACAAAAGAACAACUCCUUUUUGUAAUGCAUUGAUCCAGAGCCUGGAGUCAAACCCUUUAACCAAAAUAGUCUGGAGAAGAGCAAAGCGUUUACUGAUGGGGAAAAUCCUCUUUACUCUUGAUUCUCCAGCAGCUUGCAGGAUACUGAAGAAGGCCAACUCGACUUUUGAAGAAUUGGAGCAUUUUUUGAAGUUGGUCAAGGCCUGGGAAGAAGUAGGGCCCCAGAUCUGGUACUUCUUUGACAAAAGCAUACAGAUGACCAUGAUAAGAGACACCCAGGAGAACCCAACAAUAAAGGAUUUUUUGAAUAAGCAUCUCAGUGAAGAAGCUAUUACUGCUGAAGCCAUGCUGAAUUUCCUCUACAAUGUUCCUCAAGAGAGCAGGGCUGACCACAUGGCCAAUUUCAACUGGAGGGACAUAUUUAACAUCACUGAUCACACCCUACGCCUGGUUAAUUUAUAUUUAGAGUGCUUGACCCUGGAUAAGUUUGAAAGCUAUGAUGAUGAAACUCAACUCACCCAACGAGCCCUGUCUCUGAUGGAGGAAAACCAGUUCUGGGCUGAUGUGGUAUUUCCUGACAUGUAUCUCUCCACCAACUCCUUACCACCCAACGUGAAGUACAAGAUCCACAUGGACAUAGAUGUGGUAGAGAAAACCAAUAAAAUCAAAGACAGGUACUGGGAUUCUGGUCCCAGAGCUGAUCCUGUGGAAGAUUUCUGUUAUGUCUGGGGAGGGUUUGCCUUUCUUCAAGACUUGAUUGAACAGGAAAUCACCAGGAGUCAAGCCUAGGCUAUUCCAGUCGGAAUCUACCUCCAGCAGAUACCUUACCCCUGUUUCGUGGAUGACUCCUUUAUAAUCAUCCUGAACUGUUGUGUUCCUGUCUUCAUUGUUCUGACCUGGAUCUACUCUGUCUCCAUGACUGUAAAGAACAUCCUCUUAGAGAAGGAGUUGAGAUUGAAGGAGACGAAAAAUCAAGGUGUUUCCAAUGCAGUAAUUGGGUGUGUCUAGUUUCUGGACAGCUUCUCUGUCAUGUCAUUGAGCAUCUUCCUCCUGACAAUGUUCAUCAUGCUUAGAAGAAUUCUACAUUACAGCAACCCGUUCAUCCUCUUCCUCUUCCUGUUGGCUUUCUCCACUGCCACGAUCAUGCAGUGCUUCCUGCUCGGCACCUUCUUCUCCAGAGCCAGUCUGGCAGCAGCUAGCAGCAGCGUCAUCUACUUCACCCUCUACCUGCCACACAUUCUCUGCUUCACCUGGCAGGACCAGCUGACAGCUGAGUUGAAGAUGGCUGUGAGCCUGCUGUCUCCUGUGGCAUUUGGGUUUGGCACUAAGUACCUGGUUCACUUUGAAGAGCAAGGCCUGGGGCUAUAGUGGAACAACAUGGACAAAAGUCCUAUGGAAGGUGAUGAAUUCAGUUUCCUGAUGUCCAUGAAGAUGAUGCUUUUGGAUGCAGCUCUGUAUGGCUUGUUUGCCUGGUACUUUGACUAGGUGUUUCCAGGGGAUUAUGGAAACCCACUUCCCUGGUACUUUCUUCUACAAGAAUCCUACUGGCUGGACGGUGAAGGAUGUUCAACCAGAGAAGAAAGGGCUGUGGAAAAGACUGAACCCCUAGCAGAGGAAAUGGAGGAUCUGAAACACCCAGAAGGAAUACAUAACUCCUUUGAACGUGAGCUCACAGUAUUGGUUCCUGGGGUAUGUGUGAAGAAUCUGGUGAAUUUUAAGCCUUGUGGCAAGCCAGCUGUGGACUGUCUUAGUAUUACCUUCUACAAGAACCAGAUCACUGCGUUCCUUGGUGACAAUGGAGCAGGGAAAACGACCACACUGUCCAUCCUGACAGGUCUGUUGCCUCUGGCAUCGGGGACUGUGCUUUUCGGGAGAAAGGAUAUUGAAAUAAGCCUAGACACAGUGCGGCAGAGUCUUAGCAUGUGUCCACAGCACAACAUCCUGUUCCAUCACCUCACAGUGACUGAACACAUCCUGUUCUAUGCCCAGCUGAAAGGGAAGUCCUGGGAAGAGGCCCGGCUGGAGAUGGACUCCAUGUUAGAGGACACAGGUCUCCACCACAAGAGAAGCGAAGAAGUUCAGGAUCUAUCAGGUGGUAUGCAGAGAAAGCUGUCUGUUGCUAUUGCCUUUGUGGGAAAUUCCAAGGUGAUUAUUCUGGAUGAACCCACCUCUGGGGUGGAUCCCUAUUCAAGAUGUUCAAUCUGAGACCUGCUCCUCAAGUAUCAGUCAGGCAGAAACAUUAUCAUGUCCACGCACCACAUGGAUGAGGCAGACCUCCUCAGGGAGCUUGCCAUCAUUUCCCAGGGAAGGCUCUACUGCUCCGGCACCCCACUCUUCCUGAAGAACUGCUUUGGCAUGGGCUUCUACCUCACCUUGGUGCGCAAGAUGAAGAACAUCCAGAGUUAAACAAGAGGUUGUGAGGAAACCUGCAGUUGCGCAGCUAAGGGUUCCUGCAUCAGGUGUCCAGCCCGUGUUGAUGUGCUAACUCCAGAACAAGUCUUGGACGGAGAUGUAAACGAGCUGAUAAAACUGGUUCAUCAUCACGUUCCAGAGGCAAAGCUGGUGGAAUGCAUUGGUCAAGAACUUAUCUUUCUUCUUCCCAGUAAAUAUUUCAAGCAGAGAGCAUAUGCCAGCCUUUUUAGGGAGCUGGAGGAGACACUAGCUGACCUGGGACUCAGCAGUUUUGGAAUUUCAGACACUCCCCUGGAAGAGAUUUUUCUGAAGGUCACGGAGGAUUCUGAGUCAGGACCUGUGUUUGUAGGUGGUACUCAGCAGGAAGGAGGAAACAUCAGUCUCCAACACCCCUGUUUGGGUCCCAGACCAAUUCCUCAGGACUCUGACAGCUGCUCCACGGAGCCAGUGCCUUGCCUGGAAGACCAGCCUCGCCCAGAGCCAGAGGCCCACAGUGCCUCACUCAACACAGGAGUGUGGCUUAUGCUCCAGCACUUGCAGGCCCUGCUGGUCAAGAGGUUCCACCAUACCACACGAAGCCACAAAGCCUUUCUGGCUCAGAUUGUUCUCCCAGCAACUUUCAUGUCAUUGGCUCUGAUGCUAUCUAUCAUUGUCCCUCCUUUUGGUGAAUACCCCGCUUUGACCCUUCACCCCUGGAUAUAUUGGCAGCAGUACACCUUCUUCAGCAUGGAUGAGCCAGGCAGCGAUUGGCUCGCGGUCCUUGCAGAAGUUCUCCUGAACAAGUCAAGCUUUGGCAACUGCUGCCUGAAGGAAAGGCGGCUGCCGGAAUAUCUUUGUGGCAACUCAACCCCCUGGAAGACUCCCUCUGUGUCCCUAAACAUCUUCCAUCUGUUCCAGAAACAGAAGUGGACAGCAGACAACCCCUCACCUUCCUGCGAGUGCAGCACCAGGGAGAAGCUGACCAUACUCCCCGAGUGCCCAGAGGGGACUGGGGGUCUCCCACCCCCUCAGAGAACACAGCACAGCACUGAAAUUCUCCAAGACCUUACCAACAGGAACAUCUCUGACUUCUUGGUAAAGAUGUACCCUGCUCUUAUAAGAAACAGUUUAAAGAGCAAGUUCUGGGUCCACGAACAAAGGUAUGGAGGAAUUUCCAUUGGAGGAAAGCUUCUGGUUCUCUCCAUCACCAGGGAAGCACUUGUUGGGUUUUUAAGUGACCUUGGCCAGAUAAUGAAUGUGAGCAGGGUAACAAUCACCAGAGAGACCUCUAAAGAAAUGUCUGACUUCCAUAAGCAUCUAGAAACCAAAGACAACAUUAAGGUGUGGUUUAACAACAAAGGCUGGCAUGCUGUGGUCAGCUUUCUUAGUGUGACCCACAAUGCCAUCCUACAUGGCAGCCUGCACAAGGACAAGAACCCUGAGGAGUAUGGAAUCACCGUGAUAAGUCACCCCCUGAAUCUGACCAAAAAACAGCACUUAGAAAUUACGUUGCUGACCACUUCGGUGGAUGCUGUGAUUGCCAUCUGUGUGAUUUUUGCCAUGUCCUUUGUUCCAGCCAGCUUUGUCCUUUAUCUGAUCCAGGAAAGGGUGGACAAAGCCAAGCACCUCCAGUUUUUCAGUGGGGUGAGCCCAAUCACCUACUGGCUGGCCAACUUCCUCUGGGACAUUAUGCAUUAUGCUGUGAGCAUUGGCCUCUUGGUGAGCAUCUUCAUCGGGUUUCAGAAGAAAGCGUACACUUCUCCAAGCAAUCUGCCUGCUCUCGUUUCCCUGCUGAUGCUGUAUGGGUGGGCAAUCAUUCCCAUGAUGUACCCAGCAUCCUUCCUGUUUGAUGUCCCCAGCACAGCCUACAUGGCGUCUUGUGCUAAUUUGUUCAUGGGCAUCAACAGCAGUGCCAUCAGCUUCAUCUUGGACUUAUUUGAAAAUAACCAGACGCUGUUCAGAUUCAACACCAUGCUGAGGAAACUGUUCAUUGUUUUCCCCCACUUCUGCCUGGGCCGGAGCUUCAUUGACCUGGCCCUGAGCCAGGCUGUGACGGACAUCUAUGCCCAGUUUGGUGAGGAGCACUCUUCAGAUCCCUUCCAGUGGGACCUGAUUGGGAAGAACCUGGUUGCCAUGGUCAUAGAAGGAGUGCUGUACUUCCUCCUGACUCUCCUCAUCCAGCACCACUUCUUCCUCACCCAGUGGAGCAGGGCACCCACCAAGGAGCCCACUGUUGAUGAAGAUGAUGAUAUAGCUUAAGAAAGACAAAGAAUUAUUAGUGGGGGAAAUAAAACUGAUAUCUUAAGGCUAUAUGAACUAACAAACGUAAGAAAAUAGGCACCUAGCCCAGCAGUGGAUAGGCUGUGUGUUGGAGUCCACCCAGGAGAGUGUUAUGUACUCUGGUCUAUAAAUCGAGCUGGAAAGAGAUGCUGCUUCCUUAUUCUGUUGACAGAAGUUUGUCCAGGCUCUGCUCACCCCUCUGUGUUCUAUGGAUGAAACUCAUAACUUGUUCUUUCUUCUUCUAGUAUUUUAACCAACAUUUCUGAAGUCCAUUAAAAUAUGGGCCACUGUCCUCAGUUUGAUGCAACUGAUGACCUGCUCACAGGCUGAGAGCAUCUUUACCUUUAUGCCCGGCUUUGAGGCGUGCCAGCAGAAGAAAUUCAGAGGGUAAAAGUACAUUAUUAUAACUACUUGCAAGUUUGGUAA